UCGUAGUUGUAGCACCAUUAAGGCCCAAGAGUCAAAUCUAGUGGGUCGACAUAUUAAUCAGUACAAGCGGGAGGCCGCCAGCCGGCUCGCCUCGCCCGCCGCCGGCCUCGAUGGCAGACCGAUGCGCUUCUCAUGGCGCCGUCCAAAUAGCCGCCUCCCUCCCCCUUCACCCUCUACCGCUGCCUCGCUCCACCGCAUUUCCGUCUCCACCGCCGCCGCCUCUGCGUCCCUUCAACAGCCAGACGAUCCCUGCGCCGACGACGCAGUCACCCACCCGGCCACCGCGACCUCGCCUCGCGCGCGCGGUACGGUCCCUGAGGCGCCUCCGCGGCGCUCCAGCGGGGCGCGCCGCACCCCGACGCUGCCACCUUCAACGUGCUGCUCCACUGCCUCUGCACGCUCGGCCGCCUCGCUGCCCCUCGCAGGCUGUUCGACACAAUGCGCGGCCUGGCGCCGCGCCUCCCCAGCGUUGUCUCCUGCAACACCCUCGCCAAUGGGUACUGUCGCGCCGGACGCCUCGAUGAAGCGCUCGACGUCCUGCGCCUCGCACGGGUGCGUCCCGACAAGUCCCGACAAGCGGACCUACUCCAUCUUCAUCGACGGGGCCUGCGCCGCUGGGGAGCCGGAGCUCAGGGUCGGAUUCCUCGUUGCCAUGCUGCGCUACGGGCUGUUUCCGAGCGUGCCCGCGUUCAGCUGCCUACUAGCCGGGCUGUGCGCGGUUGGCAACGUGAAACAGGCGGUGGCGCUGUACGGGAUGGAGAAGGUGGAGGUACGAGGGAAUGGUGGAUGGAUUGUGCAAAGAAGGAAGGCUCGAGGAAGCAGUUGACCGUUUUCACCAAACUGAGAAGGAAGGUUUUGCUAACAGAUUGUUUGUGUAUAAUGUUCUCAUAAGUGGAUUCUGCAAAUUGGGGGACAUGGAGAAAGGUCUCAAGUACCUCUAUGACAUGAGAGAGAAAGGUUUGUUGCCCGAUGUUGUUACAUAUAACACAUUGAUGGAUGGAUAUUGUAAGCUUUCUCAGAUUGAAACUGCAAAAGGAUUGUUGAUUGACAUGGAGAAGGAAGGCCUGGAACCAAAUGUUGUUAGUUAUAACAUAUUAAUUGCUGGUAUAGCAAGGUUAGGAGAUGCUGAACAAGCUACUGCUUUAGCAAACGAGAUGUAUAAGAAAGGAAUUAAGAUUGGUCACUGUAUAAUAUCGGAAGAAAUGAAAAGAAAAGUUUGAAGCCACUGUUCGUGUUGGAAGUUCACAGGUGACAAGUUCUUCUCUGGAGCCAUAGGUGGAACUUGCAGUAAAGUAAUUGAUUUCGUAGGGAUGACUGUGUUACAAAUGGUUCAGGGACAAUCAAGGAGACGUUAUUUAUGAGCUGCUUACUACUGCAGGGCAUCCUGAAAUUGGAGCAAACCAUAUCAUGCUAACGGAAGACUCUGGGAUCUGCUUACGAGCAUUUAUCUAGGAUAAUGGCUGCAUGCUUUGCAUUGAAGACUGUGAUGACCUUCAUAAUCUUUUGAAUGUGCAGCCUGAAUUUGUAGGCCUGCAUAAUCUACAAUACACUUCUGGUCUGGUUUGACAUAAAUCGUCAUGUGUCAAGCCUGUGAUCAUGCCAGGCCUUCAAGGAUUUCGCACCUUAGUUUUGCUAGAAUCUGCAUUGUUGCACUUAAGGAAAUGACACACUGGAAGAACUUAGCACCAAGACUGAACUCUGAAUAUGCAGUGUAGUACAUUCUUGGUACGUGGUAUAUCUGAAAGUACUUUUGCACAUUUUCUACGUAGAGGGUCUCUGAACCCCCAAAAAGCUAUGAGCUAUAUACUCGGAACCUAGCUCAUGAAGUUGGUGGUGAGUACAGCGCUCACACUUCAAUUCUCAGCCCUCAUAACAGUUGCAACUGCUACCACCCUUUAACUUUGGUGAAUGUACACUGGUGGAAUCUAAAAUGGAACUCGUGAAGCUCAGUGAAGGUUCAGUGUUCAGGGCACAUCAUAUGUGACUGGUGCAGCUGAUCUAUAACAUCGGCAAAAAGGUGGUGUGGACUUAUAUCAGACCCUUCCAUCAUUGAAACUUGGAUAUAUCUGGAUGGCCUUCAACUAUUUCAGAUGGUUGGAACGGAGCAGAAGCCUUUAUUUUUGGAGUGACUGCUUGAAAUUGGUGCAACUCUAGUGGCAGUACCGCAUCAUCAUAUGAACGGAUCUGGUACAUAUCCAGCAUAAUUGAUGAGGCUUGUCAGCUGGAGCUGGUAUUAUCUAAUGAUUUUCACAUUGUAUAUGUUAAUUGAGGCAAGUUUCAACUUCAAACCAGAGGUGAUCCAGAGAGAUAUACUAUACAUGGAGUUCCUAGGCUUGCUGGUUCUUGCCGUCGCCGCCGUGCUCCAGCUUGCUGGUGCCGACUCCGGCUGGAACAGCGGCCGUGCCACGUUCUACGGUGGCAGCGACGCCUCCGACACAAUGGGAGGAGCGUGCGGGUACGGAAACUUGUACAGCGCGGGGUACGGGACGAACACGGCGGCGCUGAGCACGGCGUUGUACGACAACGGGCUUAGCUGCGGCGCGUGCUUCGAGAUCCGGUGCACUGGCAGCGGGAGCUGCCUGUCGGGCUCCGCCGUGGUGACGGCGACCAACUUCUGCCCGCCCAACUACGCGCUCCCCAACAACAACGGCGGGUGGUGCAACCCGCCGCAGCCGCACUUCGACCUCGCCGAGCCCGUGUUCACCCAGAUCGCCCAGGCCCGCGCCGGCGUCGUGGCCGUCCAGUACAGGAGAGUGGCGUGUGCCAAGCAGGGUGGCAUCCGGUUCACCAUCACCGGCCACUCCUACUUCAACCUGGUGCUGGUCACGAACGUCGGUGGCGCCGGUGAUGUGACUGCGGUGACGGUGAAGGGGUCGCGGGCGGGGUGGCAGGCUAUGAGCCACAACUGGGGCGCAUACUGGCAAAACGGCGCCUUGCUCGACGGCCAGGCGCUGUCGUUCCAGGUCACCGCCAGCGACGCCCGCACCGUCACUUGCGCUAACGCCGUCCCAGCCGGCUGGGUCUUCGGCCAGACAUUCGCCGGCAACCAGUUCUAGCCGGCCGGCCGGACAGACUUCGGUCACGUCGACCAGCGUCGCCGGAGGAGGGCUCUGUUUUGGAGCAGCUCUCUCGAGAGCGGCAGGGUCUCUGCUGCUGACUGUUGUGGUGCUGUUACGUACGUUUGGUUUUGUGUUUUUGCGCCCUGCAAAGCGCGGCAGCCGCCGAAGAUGGGGCUCAGGACGUUUUUACUUUGAGUAGGUGUACUCCGCAGGGAUGCUUAAUUAGGUUUGAGCUCAGGAAUUGAUUAAUGGCUGCCUGUGGUGAUGAGCAGAAAAUUAGUGGCUGAUCACCCGCCCAUGACAUCAAAUCUAUGGCCGUGUACCAUUUAAUUGCAUCUUUGAAUGCUUAUUAAUGGGAUGUUUUCAGGAGAUUCUACGAU